AUGAAAGCUGAGGAGUUGGAAACAGCAUUGAUGGAAAUGGUGAAGCAGGAUAACCGACGACAAUUGAGUGCAAGGGUUGAGCAAUUGGAGCAAGAGGUUGCUGAGCUUCGGCAGGCCCUUGCUGAUAAGCAGGAACAAGAAAAUGCCAUGCUUAAGGUUCUUAUGAGGGUAGAGCAAGAGCAGAGAGUAACAGAAGAUGCUCGCAUAUUUGCUGAGCAAGAUGCAGCAGCCCAGAGAUACGCUGCUCAAGUGCUUCAGGAGAAAUAUGAAGAGGCCACUGCUUCCCUUGCUGAAAUGGAGAAGAGAGUAGUUAUGGCAGAGUCAAUGUUGGAAGCUACCUUGCAGUACCAAUCUGGUCAAAAUAAAGCACUACCUUCUCCACGAUCCAUACAGCAAGAUUCUUCACCAGGACGAAGCAAUCAAGAUUCACAAGAGCUGCCCACAAGAAAGAUCAGUUUGCUUUCCAGACCAUUUGGGCUUGGCUGGCGUGACAGAAACAAGGGGAAGCCUAUUAAUGCCGAGGAACCAAUUGAUGGCAAGUCUACCAAUGAAGUAGAGAGUCCAAGUACCCAGCAGAAAGACGAUAACAAUAAUGACCAUCAAGGGGAGGAGAGAUUAUAA